AUGACUAACACUUUUCCUUCAACAAUCCAGAUUUUAGUCAUAGUGCUUUUCAUCCUCAUAAUGCUUAUCAAACGAUCAACUAAAAUCAGGGCUUAUAAGAAACUCCCACCUGGUCCUCUUCCAUGGCCGAUCGUCGGCUGCAUUCCUGAAAUGCUCACCAACAAGCCAGUUUUCCGGUGGAUUCACAGAACCAUGAAGGAAUUAGACACUGAAAUUGCUUGUUUCCGUCUAGGAAAUACUCAUGUAAUUCCAGUCACCAGUCCCGAGAUUGCCCGAGAAAUCUUGAAAAACAAAGACUCAAUUUUUGCAUCCAGACCAACUUCCUUCGCUACCAAGACUUUCAGCGGCGGUUAUAGAACGGCGGUAAUUUCACCGUACGGUGAUCAAUGGAAGAAAAUGAGAAAGGUCUUGACGUCGGAGAUCAUAUGUCCAGCAAGACACAAGUGGCUCCGGGAGAAAAGGACCGAGGAAGCUGACAAUCUUGUGAGUUACAUCUAUAACCAGUACAAGUGGGGUAAGAAGGUGAAUUUGAGAAUCGCAGUUCGGUUUUACAGUGGGAAUGUGAUAAGGAGGUUGACGUUUGACAAGAGAUACUUUUAUGAUUCAGUGCCUGAUGAUGCAGGCCCUAGCCGCCAUGAAAUAGACCAUGUGGAAGCUCUCUUUACAGCCCUUGGUUACAUUUAUGCCUUCUGUAUUUCAGAUUAUUUUCCUUGGUUGAUAGGGCUUGAUCUUGACGGCCAUGAAAAGAUCGUGAAAGAAGCUAACAGAGUUAUUGAGAAAUACAACAAUCCCGUUAUAGAAGAAAGGAUUCAGUAUUGGAGGAGCAGGGACAAGAAGCCCAGUGGGAAGAAGAUGAAGAAGACGGUUGAAGACUUGCUUGAUGUUCUUAUCACAUUGAAUGAUUCAAAAGGAGAACCUCUCCUAACAACAGAAGAAAUCAAAGCACAAUCUAGAGAGAUCAUGAUGGCAGCAGUAGAUAACCCAUCAAAUGCAGUGGAAUGGAUAAUGGCAGAGAUGAUAAAUCAACCUGCCAUUCUUUCAAAAGCCGUAGAGGAACUAAACAGGGAAGUUGGCAAAGAAAGACUGGUUCAAGAAUCAGACGUUCCCCGUCUCAACUACAUAAAAUCAUGCAUCAGAGAAGCCUUUCGUCUUCACCCGGUUGCACCAUUCAACGUUCCUCAUGUUUCCCUAACCGACACCACCGUCGCCGGCUACUUCAUUCCCAAAGGAAGCCAUGUCCUCCUCAGCCGUCUUGGCCUUGGACGGAACCCUAACGUCUGGGAUGACCCGCUCAAGUUCAAACCAGAGAGGCACCUGAAUGAAAUUGACGACGAUGAUAAUGAGGUGAGUUUAACGGAGCAUGACUUGCGGUUCAUAUCGUUUAGUACAGGGCGGCGUGGUUGCAUUGCAGCAUCUCUUGGAACUUGCAUGACCACCAUGCUUUUAGCCAGGCUUCUUCAAGGAUUUUCAUGGUCUGCAACUGAGAAUGAGGGUUGUACGGAUCUUAACGAGGGAGAAGAUGACAUGUUUUUGGGUAAGCCUUUGGUUGUUUGGGCUGAGCCCAGAUUGGCUCCUAAUCUCUAUCCAUCAGCUGAUAAGUCAUGA